AUGAGAAGUGUAUCCUGGUCAUGGAUUAUUCAUUUUCUCAUGAUCAUUUUAUCUGCUUUCUACUCAGUUAUAACACCUACUACUGCUCGGCUAACACCAUAUCCGCCUUCUACUGCAAAUCUUUCCACCUCAUGGAUCAUCAGUUAUAAUGUAGAUUCCAGAUUUAUAUGUGACUCAAAUGAUCAAAUUGCAACAGGAAUUUUCAACCCCAUCCUCAUUACAAAAACCAAUGUAACUCGAUUUGCACUUAGCUUCUCCUGUCAAUUAGGGAAAAAUGGAAAAUGUAUCUCUAAGAACCUCUUUUCCAUCUUCAUUGUUAGUGAAGAUUAUGACUACAUUACCAGAAUAAUAUCUCCUCCCUUAGUUUGGUCAGCCAACCGAGACCAUCCGGUCCAGACCAACGCGACACUGAAUUUCACUGCAGCAGGAGAACUGGUGCUACGUGAUGCGAAUGGAACAAUGGUUUGGACCACCAACACAGCUGGUAAAUCCGUGAUUGGCAUGAACUUAACUGAUGCUGGAAACCUGGUGCUGUACGAUGUCAAUCACCAAGUGGUUUGGCAAUCUUUUGAUCACCCGACCGACUGUUUGGUACCUGGACAGCCUUUGUUUCAAGGUCAAAAGCUGAUAUCAUCGACAAAUUCGACAAGUGAUCAGAAAGAUAAGUACUCCCUUGAAGUCACUGAUGAAGGUUUGUUUGCUUAUAUUGAAUCAAACCCACCUCAUGCCUAUUAUAGUGCUAAAAUAUCUCAACUACUCGUAACAUAUAAUGAAUCAUAUUUAAAUAAAGGAAAAAGUUAUGUUAGGUAUUUAAAUGGGAGUUUGGCUCUAUUCUUUCUUUCUGCCGAGCCAAGUGAUCCUGAUGUUACGUUUCCCAUAACUGAAGCAUUAUCGGCUCAGUAUAUGAAACUGAUGCCAGAUGGGCAUUUAAGAGUGUUUGAAUGGCAAUUAUCCAUCGGCAAUUGGAAACAGGUUGAUGAUCUACUUACAGACUUUGAAUUAUUUGGAGAAUGUGGUUAUCCUUUGGCUUGUGGGAGAAAUGCCCUUUGCAUGAAUAGUGUUAACCCACAAUGUGUUUGUCCUGUAUCAAACCCCGCUGAGAUAGAAUAUUUCCGAGCAGUAAACAAUCGAGAACCGAGCCAAGGUUGCUCUGAAAUUACUCCUCUCACUUGUAAUGCAACCCAAGUUCAAGAUUUUAUUGCACUCGAUAACGUCACCUACUUCACGUUUACUGCCGACUUGAAUAAUCCUUUAUAA